GUCACGGUCCCGGACAGAGGCCAGCCACUCCUCCAGACAGUGGUCAACCGCGGCCCUGGGCAGAGUUCAGUCACGCCCCUCCCAACAGAGAUGCGGGAUGGCAGGGCUCAGUCCGCGCCGCCUGCCGCCGCCGCUCACGCUCUGGAUGUGGGCCGUGCUGCUGGUCUCUCUGCUAACGCCCGGGGCGACUCUGACCGAGAAACGACUGCUGGACCAGCGGCCCAACUUCAUCAUCAUGCUGAUGGAUGACAUGGGAUAUGGGGACCUCGGAUCGAUGGGAGAGCCCAACAGGGAGACAUCCAACAUCGACAGCAUGGCCCAGGAGGGCAUGCUCUUCCCGGAGUUCUACACGGGCGCCGCUAUAUGCUCUCCGUCGAGGGCGGCCAUGCUGACUGGACGCCUUCCCAUCCGCAACGGCUUCUACUCGACGAACAACUUCGGCCACAAUGCGUACACUCCGCAGGAGAUCGUAGGCGGCAUAUCAGACUCGGAGGUGCUGCUGCCAGAGCUGCUCAGCAAGGCCGGCUACACCAACGCUCUCAUCGGCAAGUGGCAUCUGGGUCACCGUCCGCAGUACCAGCCGUUGGACCACGGCUUUCACAGCUGGUUCGGCUCCCCGAAUUGUCACUUCGGCCCUUACGACGACAAGAGCACGCCCAACAUCCCCGUGUACCGGGACCGCAACAUGAUGGGCCGCUACUACGAGGACUUCCACAUCAACAUCACCAGCGGCGAGUCCAACUACACCCGGCUUCUGGCGGACGAAGCCGUCGCCUUCCUGGAGGCGCAGGUCAACAGCAUAAGGCCGUUCUUCUUGCUGUGGACGCCGGACGCCUCGCACGCGCCCCACUACGCCUCCAGACCGUUCUUGGGGAGGAGCAGACGCGGACUGUACGGAGACGCCGUGAUGGAGCUGGAUCACAGCGUGGGUCGCAUCCUCGACACGCUGAAGCGCACCAACCUCACCAACACACUGGUCUUCUUCUCCUCUGACAAUGGCGCCGCCCUGGUGGACGCCGGCUAUGGCGGCGACAACGGGCGGCUCCUGUGUGGCAAACAGACCACGUUCGAGGGAGGGUUCCGCGUCCCCACCAUAGCCUGGUGGCCUGGUGUGGUGCCACCAGGUCAGGUCAGCCAACAGGUGGGGACCCAGAUGGACUUGUUCACCACGUUCGCCGAGCUCGCCGGCCAAGCGAUUCCCGGAGACAGGAUUGUGGACGGCAUCAACCUGGUCUCCGCGUUAACCAAUGAGAAUACUACUGAGAGGUCGGUGUUCUUUUACCGGGGUGAUCUCCUCAUGGCCACCAGGGUUGGGCGCUACAAAGCGCACACCUGGACCUUCACCACGCCUGUCGAGGAGCUGAAAAAGGGCAUCGACCACUGCCCGGGCGCCUGCGUUGCGAACCUGACGACCUCGGUGCAGAUCAACCGCACGCUGACCCCAGUGGUGAUUGACCUGGCCCGUGACCCGGGCGAGACGUACCCGCUGAAGAUGGGCACGGCCGAGUACACGCGGGUCGUGUCCGAGGUGUGGAAGGUGAUGGACGAGCACCUGCAUGACAUGGUGGAGGGCCGGCCGGCGCUGGACUGGUGCGACGACGCCGUGAUGAACUGGUCUCCGCCCGGGUGCGAGGCGCUGCACGAAUGCCUGCGGGCGCCGGCGUCCGACCCGUACAAGUGUGACUGGCCACACUAGUCGGCGCCGCGCCGCCACAGCGCCCCGCGCCGCCACAGCGCCCC